AUCACAUGACCGUCAUGUUCAAAGAGAAGAAACGCUGCAGAUCUAUUGAACAGAGAAAGUGGACCGCUUUAUGCAAAUUGACAUAACCGAAAAGUUUGAGCAGUUGUAAUAUUAUUUCCUGAAACGUUACAAUCACGCGCUGCUAUCAUAAUGUCAAACGGAAGAGCGUUACUGCGUCUUAUCCGUUUGAUUUAGAGAUGAAGUCACAAAUUACUUUCGUUUUAUUAAGUCUCUGCUUGUUGCCAAUAGUUUUUGUGUUGGCAGAUUCACGCUCAUUUUCCAUCGACUACAAGAACAACUGCUUCCAGAAGGAUGGAAAACCAUUUCAGUACAUCUCAGGAAGCAUCCAUUACUCCCGCAUUCCUCGGGAAUAUUGGAAAGACAGGCUGCUCAAGAUGUACAUGACUGGACUGAAUGCUAUUCAGGUGUAUGUGCCAUGGAACUUCCAUGAGACUGUGCAGGGGGUGUUCAACUUUGCAGGAGACCGAGAUCUUGAGUACUUCUUGAACCUGGCCAAUCAGACAGGCCUGUUAGUCAUCCUGCGUCCAGGGCCGUACAUCUGUGCAGAAUGGGAAAUGGGUGGUUUGCCUGCCUGGUUGCUACAAAAGCCGAACAUUAUCCUUCGUUCUGCUGACACAGAGUACUUGAAGCCAGCAAGUGACUGGUUGGCUGUGCUGCUCACUAAGAUGAAGCCCUGGCUUUAUCAGAAUGGAGGAAAUAUUAUCAGUGUGCAGGUGGAGAAUGAAUAUGGAAGCUACUUCGCCUGUGAUUACAACUACAUGCGGCAUCUUCACACUCUGUUCCGUUUGUUCCUGGGGGAGGACGUCAUCCUCUUUACUACGGAUGGGAAUACGGAUAAAGAGAUGAUCUGUGGCACACUUGAGGGCUUGUACGCCACUAUAGACUUUGGCACAGACACCAACAUUAGUGCUGCCUUCAUUCGACAAAGAAGGUUUGAGCCUAAAGGCCCACUGGUGAAUUCGGAGUUCUAUACAGGCUGGUUGGAUCACUGGGGUGAUAAACAUGCUUCUGUGGACACCGUCAAAGUGAGCAAAAUGCUGGGAGAGAUUUUGUCCAUGGGUGCCAGUGUGAACAUGUACAUGUUUGAGGGAGGAACAAACUUUGGUUACUGGAAUGGAGCGGAUCAUGAUACCAGGUUUCGGUCUGUGGUGACAAGUUAUGAUUACGAUGCACCUUUAUCAGAAGCAGGAGACCCCACUGACAAACUGCUUGCCAUCAGAGAUGUCAUUAGGAAAUUCCGAGACAUUCCAGUUGGUCCCAUGCCACCAGCCACCCCAAAGUUCGCUUAUGGCUUUGUUACACUUGAGAAGGUUGGCAACAUUAGCAGCUUGUUGGAUACGCUGUCACCCCAAGGUCCAGUACGAUCUCAAUAUCCUAUGACGUUUGAAGAGAUUAAACAGUACUAUGGCUUCAUGCUUUACCGAACGACACUGCCACAGAAUGUUCCCGAGCCGACCCCUCUCAUCUCGCCCCUCAAUGGCAUCCAUGACCGUGCAUACGUCUCUGUGAAUGGGGUGUACCAGGGGCUUAUGGAGAGGGACACUGCACUGGUGAUGAAUGUUACAGGACAACAAGGGGAUCAGUUGGACAUACUCGUGGAGAACAUGGGCAGGGUUAAUUUUGGCAGUUAUAUCAAUGAUAAUAAGGGUCUCUUGGGUAACCUAAUUUUGGGCAAUGAUGUGCUCACUGAUUGGUCAAUCUAUCCACUGGACAUUGACACUGCUGUGGCCAAUGGCUGGCUGCAGGCGGCUCACACAGGGUCAGCGAUGGAAGCAGGAGACGGACCAAUGAUCUACUCAGGAACCUUGAAGUCUACCGGCCUCGCAUGGGACACUUUUGUAAAACUUAAUGGAUGGACUAAGGGUCAGGUGUGGGUAAAUGGGGUGAACCUGGGAAGGUAUUGGCCCCAGAAAGGCCCCCAACAGACGCUGUAUGUCCCCGGACCUUUUCUUAGUGCCACUCAGCCAAACAACAUCACAGUGCUGGAGCUAGAAAGAGCUCCUUCGCACAGAAGAAUCCUGUUUAUGGACCGGCCUCAGCUGAACAAGACUGGACAGAAGACAUGAUCAUAGACUCAAAACAGUGAGAACCAGUUUCAGAAUAGCUCCAUCAUCUCUUCUCAAAUCUAUCAAGUAUAACAGAGAAAUACAGCCAUUAUAAUUCAUAACACUGUAAUAUUUUGCCACAUUUGCCCAAGUUAUUGGUCAGUUUAUUUCUUUAGAACUGGUAAAAAUGCUCAUGUUUUUCCAGACCAAAGUGAUGAGGUUAAUUUUAGUGCUCUGACAAAUCUAAUAAACCAAGACCUUGAUGUGCAUUAAAGUUUAUCUGCUUUAAAAGAA